AGAAUAUGAGAGGUGCUAUCAGACCACAACUGGACCCAGGCUACCCUCAAUCCUGCGUCUAGCUCACCGAGGGAUCCACAUAAAGCCCACAUCAACCCAACCAAACAUGCGCUCCAUCGCCUAUGAGACAGCUUCAAACAGUCCUGCAUGGAAUAUGGGUCACGGUCCAAUUCCCCUAGUGGCGGUCCCCUUCAAGGGGCCCCCGGAAUUCCUUGCCGUACCGAGGCAUCCAUAUGUUAUGGAAGUCAGGCGAUUUGAUUAGUCGUCCCGAGUUUUAAAAGCUGCUCGGCGAAGGCCAUUAGCCUCAACGGUCCUCGAGUCCUCAUCCCCCAAGCCCCAACCACGGCCUCAAGACACUCACGCACAAGUCCAAGCAGUCCGAAGAAACCGCAAAGAUGGCGCCCGUCAGCAACAAGUCCCUGAUCUUUAAGAGGAUCCCUGAGGGCAUGAUCACGAAAGAUGUGGACAUGGCCCUCGAGGACAAGCCCCUGGAGCUCACGCCACCGCCCAAGGGCAUCGUGGCGAAGACGCUGGUGCUUGGAUUUGAUCCUCACAUGCGCGACCGCAUGAAGGGCCCCACCUUUGAGAGCUACGUCCCGGGUUACGUGGAGGAGCAGCCCAUCCAAGGCUUCACUGUCGCCCAGGUGGUCAAGAGCGACAACGAGGAUUACCCGGAAGGCCAGCUCCUUGCCGGUGUCCUGCCUUUCUGCGAGUACAAUGUCGUCCCAAUCGAGUACCUCGAGUUCAAGUCCCAGGCCUCCCACAUGGUCUGGAAGGUUGACAACAAGUACAACAUCGACCUCGGCAACUGGGUGGGCGCCCUGGGCCUCGCGGGCCAGACGGCGUGGAACUCCUUCUACGGGCUCGUCAAGCCCAAGAAUGGCGAGACCAUCUGGGUCAACGCGGCCUCGUCGACGGUCGGCGAGAUCGUCGUGCAGCUGGCCAAGAAGGAGGGCAUGCGCGUCAUCGGCAGCGUCAGCUCGGACGAGAAGGCCGAGUACGUCAAGUCGCUCGGCGCCGACGAGUGCUUCAACUACACCAAGGAGAGCUGCGACGCGGCGCUCAAGCGCCUCGCGCCCGAGGGGCUGGACGUCGUCUACGAGAACGUCGGCGGCGACCACUUCCAGGCCGCGCUGACCAACAUGAAGUGGUUCGGCCGCAUCAUCGUCUGCGGCAUGGUCUCCGAGUACAACAAGCCGCCCUCGGAGCAGUUCGGCGUCACCAACCUCGCCGAGAUCUUCCGCCGCCGCAUCACCAUCCAGGGCUUCGUCUUCUGGGACCACAACAUCUACACCGAGAACAUCGACAAGUUCUGGGAGCUCAUGCCCAAGUGGAUCGCCGACGGGUCCGUCAAGGCUCGUGCUACCAAGUUCGAGGGCAUCGAGUCGGCCCAGGAUGCAUUCCUGUCGCUGUUUACCGGCAAGACCUUUGGCAAGGCCACCGUCAAGAUUGCUGAGCCUUCGACAUGAGGAGUCUAUCGGAUUAGGUCUGUAGAGUCUACCUAGGUAUAUAGAAGUGAGACAAAAUAUUAAUUAAAAGCGUUCCUCAAA